AUGGAUCCAGCUUCUGUGAUCCAGAUAAAAGCAAAGCCUCAACCUCAGGUAGAUAAAGCUCUCCAGAGGAUUCGGAAGGCUGGUUUGGGAGAUAUAGCUGCUAACGAUAAAAGGGAGCAGCUGGAGGUUCGCUUUGCGGCUGUGCAUCCUCAGCCCUCAGCGACCCGAUGGGGACUUGCUCAUCUCUCGGGCUGCGAAAGAGACUGUCCUGAGCUGCAGAAAGAGCUUUUCGUACUUGCUGGGGACUUGCCUGAAUUCAGUGUCACCUACCCGUGUAUUUGUAAAGCUAAUAUUACACUGAUGGAGAAGGAUUACACCAGUCAAAGGGAUAUGAGCAAGCAGGUUGUGAACAGUCCUGAACCCAUUGCUCCUGGACCCAAUGAUGGUGCGGGAGUUGUAAGAGUCGGCCCCGAAAACGAACCGCAGAAUGCCCCAUCGCAAGCCCCUGCCGCGAUGUCCAGGCUUCCCCGAUCGCUCUCUAACGACAACAAAACACUUCCCUCCGAAGAACCUAAACCAAAUGAUUUUGAGAGGACCAAAGUAGGGAUCUGCAAGCUCAGCAGCACCCCGGUGCAAGCCAACUCCACUCUCCGGAGGGAAUCUGUGGAAACCUUUCCGUGCAAGCACACCCCGGGGGCAGGGGCCGUCGGGCAAGCUGCUAUCCCUCACUGCAAAAUUCCCGCUUUGCAAAGCACAGACGGGGAUGCUAAUCUAACCCUUGGUAAGAGCACACUGGAGCAAAACAACGCCAAAGGCGCCUGGGUGACCUUGAGCCAGAGUACCGUGGUAUUGGGCACAGAUGGCAGUACUUCUGUUCUUCCUCAGAGUGGAGGGGGUGCGUUUCUCAUCCCCUAUUUGAUGAUGUUGGCUCUAGCUGGGAUCCCCAUUUUCUUCCUGGAAGUCUCCCUGGGGCAGUUUGCUAGUCAGGGGCCCGUGUCUGUCUGGAAAGCCAUCCCCGCCUUGCAAGGCUGCGGCAUUGCGAUGCUGAUCAUCUCCGUUCUAAUAGCCAUAUAUUACAAUAUUAUUCUGUGCUACACACUUUUCUACCUUUUUGCGUCCUUUGUACCUGUGCUACCUUGGGCUUCCUGUAACAACCCCUGGAAUACACCAGACUGUAAAGAUAAAAACAAACUUUUGUUAGAUUCCUGCAUUAUUGGUGACCACCCAAAAAUCCAAAUCAAGAACUCCACUUUCUGUAUGAGUGCCUAUCCAAACUUGACUAUGGUUAACUUCACCAGUGAAGGAAACAAAACGUUUGUCAGUGGAAGUGAAGAAUACUUCAAGUACUUUGUAUUGAAGAUUUCAGCAGGGAUUGAAUAUCCUGGUGAGAUUAGAUGGCCCUUGGCACUAUCUCUUUUCCUAGCCUGGGUGAUUGUAUAUGCCUCCCUUGCUAAAGGAAUCAAGUCAUCAGGAAAAGUGGUGUACUUUACCGCUACGUUCCCCUAUGUAGUUCUCAUCAUCCUUCUUAUAAGAGGAGUAACUCUACCUGGAGCUGGAGCUGGAAUCUGGUACUUCAUCACGCCAAAGUGGGAGAAGCUGAUUGACGCUAUGGUUUGGAAGGAUGCUGCCACUCAGAUUUUCUUCUCCUUAUCUGCAGCAUGGGGAGGUCUGAUUACUCUCUCUUCCUACAACAAAUUCCAUAAUAAUUGCUACAGGGACACAUUGAUAGUCACGUGUACCAACAGUGCCACAAGUAUAUUUGCAGGCUUUGUCAUCUUCUCAGUUAUUGGCUUCAUGGCAAAUGAGCUCAAAGUGAAUAUCGAAGCUGUGGCAGACCAAGGUCCUGGAAUUGCUUUCGUGGUUUACCCAGAAGCCUUAACUAGGCUUCCACUCUCUCCCUUCUGGGCUAUAAUAUUCUUUUUGAUGCUUCUGACGCUUGGAUUGGACACUAUGUUUGCCACUAUUGAGACCAUAGUGACCUCCGUUUCGGAUGAGUUCCCCAAAUACUUACGUACGCACAAGGCACUGUUCACUCUUGGGUGCUGCGUCUCCUUUUUCAUCAUGGGAUUUCCUAUGAUCACUCAGGGUGGAAUGUAUAUGUUACAGCUUGUGGACACUUACGCAGCUUCUUAUUCUCUUGUCAUCAUUGCCAUCUUCGAGCUUGUUGGAGUGUCCUAUAUAUACGGGUUGCAGAGAUUUUGCGAAGAUAUAGAAAUGAUGAUUGGAUUCCAGCCAAGUAAAUUCUGGAGAGUCUGUUGGGCAUUUGUGACCCCGACUAUUUUAACAUUUAUUCUCUGCUUCAGUUUUUACCAAUGGGAACCGAUGACUUACGGAGCUUACCACUACCCGGGCUGGUCCAUGGUGCUCGGGUGGCUGAUGCUGGCCUGCUCGGUGAUCUGGAUCCCGGUGAUGUUUGUGAUAAAAAUGCAUCUCGCCCCGGGCAAAUUUAUUGAGCGACUCAAGUUGGUGUGCUCUCCACAGCCCGACUGGGGUCCGUUUUUGGCCAAGCACCGCGGUGAACGUUACAUGAAUAUGAUCGAUCCACUGGGAACCUCUUCCCUGGGACUUAAACUGCCGGUGAAGGAUAUAGAGCUGGGGACCCAAUGCUAA